UCGCCUUCCCAACGUCCCUCUAGUCUUCGUGCCCGAGAUCAGCUAGAGACUCUUAUUGCGAGACACGGUCACCCCACCAGAGUUUCGUUGUCAUCCCUCGAAGAAUUAACGGCCACCUCGUCGACUUAUAGUCCGCCGUCCCCCCAGUCGCCCGUCUCCGAGACCACAGACUAUUUCGCAAGUCUCAAUCUCCACCACUCUGCUUCUCGUCCUAUACCUAUACCAAAGCCUUCCCAUAUCACACACGAUCACGACUUCCCCGUGACCCCGUUGACCGGACGCUUUGACAAGGGCUACUACUUUGCCCACCGUGAGCACAUCGAGAGAAGCCGUGAUAAGCCAACCCAUCGAAGACCAUCCCGUCCAGAGCAUCGUUCACACUUCUCUGAACCGUCCAGAAUGCGCUCUGAUAGCUCGACAUUGUACGCGCCGGUCGCUACUCCUGCCAUGUCGUCAGCUGGUCGCCCUCUUUCCCCCCAGCCAUCGCGCUCCAGGGGCGGAAACUCAUCCAAGCCAGCCCCAGCCUUUCAUCUGGGAAGCCUACCACGGUUCCAUCCAGCCGUCUAUCAGUCCCCUGGGACCUCCCAGACCCUGUCUGCGCAGCCUCCAUCACCUCGACAACCUCGACAGCAUGGAUACCGUGCGUCAGCCAGCUCUCGCGACUCUAUGUGGCGGGAUCUGGCGGAUGGGAACAUUCUUGUUAAAGCCCCCUCACGCCCACUUUCACCCAGUCCAUCUGCACCACGUCUCGACCCGCUGAACAGCCCUGGGCCCGUUACGCCUCUGGCACUCGAGGAUGCAGGUGGCUAUCUGGGCUCGGGCACAACCUCCGACCUUACUGCCUGCGAGAGCCACUACUCGGGCCCGGCGCCUGAUGCAGUGGACAAACUCAUCGCCCGCGAGGCCGACCGGGCCCGUCAGAAGGCUAGAAAAGGGCUGAAGGGGUAG